AUGCAGAUCAGUCAGCUCUACGUAUACCCCAUCAAGUCCCUACGAGCAACGCCCGUAACCGAGGGCGUCCUAUCACCGCUCGGCCUAGAAUAUGACCGACGCUUCAUGCUCCUCAAAGUCGAGGACGGGGAAGAUGGCAAAGGCAAAGGAACCCUAAAGAAUAUGCAUGUCCCACACUUCCCCGAAAUGGCCCUCUUCGAAACAGCCCUGGACAUGCCAACUGCAGAAGAUGAAGGUCGAGUAAGGGUUACAUAUCACCCUCCUCCUCACGCAGAAGGAUCCAGACCAAGCGAAACGAAAUACUUAGAAAUCCCCCUCGAACCAAACGUGGACUCUCUAUCCCGCUUCACGGUUACGAUGCACCAAAGCCCGACGACGGGGUAUAAUAUGGGUUCCGCUUAUAAUGACUGGUUCAGUGAGUGUUUCGGAUACCCAGUUGUCCUGGCUUAUUUGGGUGUCAAUACUCGUGGGGUAUUGGGGACUCUGGCACCGGCUAAAGCCAAGAAUAACGGGAAGAAGAAGAAAGGUGGAUGGGCGCGGUAUGAAGAUUUGUUGGCGGGGUUAGAGUCAGUAGGCAGUGGGACUGGACCGUCUGUUUUGGAGAAAUUGCUUGUCCCGAUUUGUGCUCUUGCGAUUGGUGUUUCUGGGGUGUCGUAUGUUGUUGGGCAAUUUGAGCAUGGGAUCGCUACUAACAACACUUACGAUUCUAUGUCGACAUCAAUGGUUAUUCUAGCCGGUAUAGUGACAACUGCAUUGGCGCUAGCGGGUAGUAUUAUGAUUUACAUUUUUGGAAAAAGCCUUCGCACAACCAAAUACGAAGACCGAAUUACAUUCGCCGACUGUGCGCCGUUUCUCGUUAUAUCCGAGACUUCGGUGAAUAAUGUCUCGGGGAGAUUACCAGCCGGCGAAGAGAUGGAUCGAACGAAGUUCCGGCCGAAUAUUGUUAUAUCUGGCGCGGAGUCUGCGUUUGAAGAGGACUUUUGGACGGAGUUGGCUAUUGGGUCGAAUCGGAUUCGGUUAUUGUUGACGGGGAAUUGUGUUCGGUGUCAAAGUCUUAAUGUGGAUUAUCGGACGGGGCGGAUGGGGGAUGGUGAGUCCGGGACUGUGUUGAAGAAGUUAAUGAAGGAUCGGAGGGUGGAUCGUGGGGCGAGGUUUAGUCCUGUGUUUGGGCGGUAUUCGUUUUUGGAUCGUGGGUUUGAUGGGGAGGAGGUUAGGGUGGGUGAUGUGGUUGAGGUGGUGGCGCGGGGUGCGGAACGUUCGGUGCUAGACACCACCAAGGGUCCGCCGUUACGGAUCCUCUCCCUCGAUGGAGGCGGUGUCCGCGGCUACUCCAUGCUCAUUAUUCUUCAGGAACUUAUGUACCGAACCUAUGUCGAGUGCGAGGGCAAACCGCCUCGUCGCGACCAGAUCCCUAAACCCUGCGAUCAUUUCGACUUGAUCGCGGGUACUGGCACGGGCGGUUUGAUCGCCAUCAUGCUCGGCCGGCUCCGCCUGGACCUCGAAACCUGUAAAGAGGUCUACGUCCGCAUGACUCGCAAAGUUUUCGAAACCGAUAAGACAAUCGCCGGUAUCCCCUAUCGCUCGACUUUAUUCAAGGCCUCGAAGCUGGAAGAGGCGAUUCGGGAAUGCGUGCGCGAACAUACGGUGUGGGAGGCGGAGGGGAAUGAUAUGCCCGGCAACACCAACAAUAACAACACCGACCCCAGAUCCUCCAUGGCGAGUCUUCCAUAUAGUCCUCCCAACUCUGUUCCGCAGCGCUCGGUGAGCAGAGGAAGUUUCAGUACUUCGGGCCAGUCAUAUUCUCAGGCGCAGAACAAUAAUCCAAGAGGCUCUACUUUUCUGAAUGGUUUGCGCUGGGGGAAUCCGGAGGCGUUGCUAUAUGAUAAUCGGGAAAAUCGGACGAAAACUGCCGUUACGGCUCUCUAUAAGGGCACCCCGAAGAAUUCGCCUGCGGUGCUUCUACGUUCCUACGACUCCCGCCGUGAACCCCCGCCCGAGUUUGACUGUACGAUUUGGCAAGCCGGCCGUGCUACAUCGGCCACUGGUCUUGCUUUCAAGCCAAUCCGAAUUGGACAACAUAACUUUAUCGACGAGGGCCCCGGAACCUACAAUCCGGCACCACAGAUUCUCGAGGAGGCAGUUGUCAACGAGUGGCCUGGUCGAGAGGUUGGGGUUUUCGUUAGUAUCGGUACCGGUAGACGGCCGUCAGGAACCAAUAACCGACAACAUGAAUGGUGGGAGGAUUUCUUUGGCGAUGCGCUGGGUACAUUUGCCGAGGCGCGGCGACGACUUAUCACGAAGAUCGAGGGUUGCGAAGAUAUUCACCAGCAAAUGCUGCGAGACAUUCUUGCUAAGCGCCACGUCAGUAAGGACGUCUACUGCCGUCUCAAUGUCGAGGUGGGCGUUGGAGAAUUCGGCAUGAACGAGUGGAACCGACUGGCGGAUAUCAGCACCAACACCCGACGAUACCUCUCCCGACCGGAGGUCAAGAAGCAGAUCCUCGAUUCGAGCGUCCGCUUUGCCAAGAUCGAGCGCAUGAACAAGCGCAUGGCUGCACACGCGGCGGCGGGCGGAGAUCGGGAUGACAUGUCGUUUGACCUCGAGCGCGAGGAGAUCUCCGUCUCAACCCACGCCGAGGAGUACACGGUACCGCCGCCCUCGAACCAGUUCGCCGUUGAGCUACCCGCCGAGCCUGUACCGCUGGAUCAUUUUCCCCGCCCACCUACCCAUGGCUCGCCCCGGAUCCCGACCAGCGUCACGGUAACAGCACCACCGGGCGACGACUCACUCCCAGUUCAUCCCACACCUCAGGAUAACAGUAACAACCACAACCACAACCACAAUCACAUGCCGACGUCUCCGACUCGACACUCCAGUGGCGAGGUUAGUAGUUUCCGCCCGAGCCACGAGUACUCUCGGCCUUCGUCGCAACAGCAGAGCUCCCCGCAUCAUAGCGCCGAGCAAUUCUCCGCGCUCAAUGGGAUGCCUCCUCCCGUACCACCCAAGACGCCUAUCCCGUACCCAUCGACCGAUGAUAACGGGGGAGUGUCGAUGCCAGCGCCGCUCUUCUCUCAACCGUCACCUCAUUUAUCGAGUGGCAAGGUCCGACCGCCGUACCCUGUUGAUGAGGCACCACCGGUGGUCAACCGCCAACGAAAGCCAAGCUACCACGUGGGGUGA